AAUCACACCCAUUUUGGUUUAACCUCACAUAGACUCGUCAUGGUGGACUGAACCUUUCCUCUUCACUCCCGCCGUCGUUCAUCUCUUGAAGAACCCAUCUGAAAACCCUGCAAAUUCAUCCAUCUUCGUUCUCGUUCUCUGCAGAAUUUCUAUCAUACAUUUGCGCAUGUUAUACUAAUAUCCCAACGCAAAAGACCGCAUCUUUCCGAAGGCCUCAGGCCUUACAUAAUCAAAAUGGAAGAAGAAGGAGGUAUGAGCUUUGAUUUCGAAGGUGGGCUAGAUGUUGGAUCAGUAAUCCCCAUGGCAUCGGCUCCCCUCGUCCAAUCCGAAUCAAAAGCGGCGUCUGUAGGUACGAUUCACGUCGCUGUUCCUGCCGGCGGUGCAGAAUCUCAAAAUGUUAACUUUGGUGGGCGGAGGAGUUUCCGGCAAACGGUUUGCCGGCACUGGCUACGUGGACUCUGUAUGAAGGGGGAAGCUUGUGGGUUUCUCCAUCAGUAUGAUAAGUCGAGGAUGCCUGUUUGUCGAUUCUUUCGAUUGUACGGAGAGUGCCGUGAGCAAGAUUGUGUUUAUAAGCAUACAAAUGAAGAUAUCAAAGAGUGUAACAUGUACAAGCUGGGAUUCUGUCCAAAUGGUCUUGAUUGUCGAUAUAGGCAUGCAAAGUUGCCUGGUCCACCUCCUCCAGUGGAAGAAGUUCUCCAGAAAAUUCAGCAACUAGCUUCAAACAAUUAUGGUGGUUCAUCAAAUAGGUUUUUCCACAACCGAAAUGGAAACUAUCCUCAGCAGCCUGAAAAGUUUAAUUUGCCACCAGGUCAAAAUACUACUACUACUACUACUAGUCAAGGCGUACCUGCAAGACCAAUGGUAGAGGCAACAAAUCUGCAACAGCAGCAGCUCCAAGUCCAGAAUACCCAAAUUCCAGGGCAAAUUAUUUCCAGUGGACAGCAAAAUCAAGGGACUACAACAUCAACACCCUUACCUCAAGGCAUAUCUAGGUACUUCAUAGUCAAGAGUUGCAACCGUGAAAAUUUGGAAUUAUCUGUCCAACAAGGAGUGUGGGCAACUCAAAGGAGCAACGAGGCAAAACUAAAUGAAGCUUUUGACUCUGUUGAGAAUGUGAUUCUAAUAUUUUCAGUGAACCGAACUCGAAAUUUUCAGGGUUGUGCAAAAAUGACUUCCAGAAUUGGUGGAUCUGUUGGUGGAGGGAACUGGAAGUAUGCACAUGGAACUCCACACUAUGGGAGAAACUUCUCUUUGAAAUGGUUAAAGCUAUGUGAGCUAUCCUUUCAGCAAACUCGGAAUCUGAGGAACCCAUAUAAUGAGAACUUACCUGUGAAGAUUAGCAGGGAUUGCCAGGAGUUAGAACCUUCUAUUGGAGAGCAACUGGCAUCAUUCCUUUAUCUUGAGCCAGACAGUGAACUAAUGACGAUUGCAAAUACAGCAGAAGCAAAGCGAGAGGAGGAAAAAGCCAAAGGAUUUAAUCCGGAGAAGGAGAAUCCAGACAUUGUCCCAUUUAUGGAGAACGAGGAGGAAGAGGAGGAAGAGGAAGAAGAAGACGAGAGUGAAGAAGAGGAUGAAAACUACGGCCAGCCCUUCGGUCGAGGUGGUGGUAGAGGAAGGGGAGGAAUGAUGUGGGCCCCACUUCCUCUUGGACACGGGAUGAGGUCUCAUCAUCCCGGAAUGCGAGGAGGAUUUCCUUAUGGUGGCAUGACACCGGAUGGUUUCCCAAUUCCGGACCUCUUUAACAUGGGUCCUCCUCAUCCUCGUCCUUUUGGACUCUUCGGUCCCCGAUUCCCCGGAGACAUGGCCCCAGGGAUGAUGUUCCCGGGGAGACCUCCUCAAGUCGGAGGAGGAAUGGGCAUGAUGAUGGGUCCAGGACGUGGUCCCAAUUUCAUGGGAAUGGGCAAUAGAGGUGUUCGACCUGCCUUUCAACCUCCGCAACAAUACUCUCAGCAAUCGAGCCUAAACCGUGCAGUUAGACCAAGGGAGCAGAAGAUUCCACCAGAUCAAGUAAUGAAGGAGUCUUUGCCUCCACCAAGUUCAGAAGUAGUCAAUACUAAUGAAUCGGAACAAAGAAUCCACAACCGCCAUGGUGCCAGAGGCCGACACCAGGACGGGAGUGAAAGCGAAGAUGAAGAAGACGAGGCACCAAGAAGGUCAAGACCCGUUUAGGAAGAUUAACAAAAGAAAUGUUUUUCAUGUUUUCUCAUUGAUAUUUAAACAAUUUUUUUUCAUUUUCCUUUCUUUAAAUUCUUCUGUAAUAGGGAACAAGUUGCAAAAUGUUUGUUGAGGUGAGAUUCUUAAUACACAUUCACUUUCAUUACAACCCACAUAAUCAAAUUUCAAUAUCAUA